AUGUGCGUUCAGUCGUUGGUGAAAGCAAGCGAUGCAAUCAGCCUUCGUCGGACAGAACUUGAUGGACAAUUAUUUCUCAUUAAACAUCUUCUUAUACUACGUGAACAAAUGGCCCCAUUCAGUAUUGAGUUCUUAGUCAAAGAGACUAGUUUGGAUUUUUCACCAUACAAAA